AUGCUCUUCAAGGCUACUCUCCUUUCCCUCCUUGCCGCCGCUUCGGCUACUGCCAUCCCCAGGGCUUCCUCCACCGAGAUUAAUAAAUGCCUGCCCAACCAAAUCUCCAUCGGCGGCACAUGCUUCAACGCUGGCUCCUUCUGCGGCGGUUUCGCCGCGAUCCCUUGCGCCGACAAGAACCAGAUCUGCGUUGACGACCCGCGCGAUGAUUGCGACCCGAAGAAUGGAGGUUCCGACUGCGGCGGCGUCUGCAUCAAGCCGCUGUUCUGCGGUGGAUUCGCGGGUAUUCGGUGCCCCAAGGGAUUGACCUGUGUGGAUGAUCCCAGGGAUGACUGCGAUCCUGAGAAUGGUGGUGCGGACUGCGGUGGCAUCUGCGUCGCUUGA